AUGGUCAAAUUUGAACUAUUUGGCGCUUUGGUGAAAAAAGCAUUUUCUUCAGGGAAGAUUCAUUUACCACACAAGCCGUUAAGUGAGACCAGGUGGGCAGGCAUCACACUGAUUCAUUUUGAGAGGGCGCAGAAGCAAAAGUGGCAAUUUGGGACUAUCAACGAAGACGGAUCUCCUAAUGGUUGUAAUGCCCCAAACAUCCUCAACUAUUUAAUCAACAUGCCCGUUCGCGAGGUGUUUUAUGAUCCGCCGGUUCCUGCCAUUGCAUAUACACCAUUACCAACACCUCCUGCUGUAUUGAUGGGUACUAACAUUACCAUCGACUUAUAUGAAGUUCAGCAGUCAGUUUUACUUUAUCAGGAAAAGUGA